UGCGCCGUUCAGUUGGCGAGAGGGUAAAAGGGGUCCGUGUUCGCUUGGCCGGGGGGGCUGGCGCUCCCCGCGGGGGAACCCGCCCUGCCUUUGGCUCACGGGACCGGAGGCACCACGGCGAAACAGUGAAUGUGGCUUCUGUGCUGUCGGCAAACACACACGUGCGCUGCGGUGUGGGUCCAUCAGAAGUGGUUUCCAAAGGACUUUCAUUCCCUGUGCCUCGGACUAAGAACGCAGCAGUGUCCAAGUGUUUGUCUCCCUGUUGGUGGUUGGAGAAGGCUCAGAGAUCUCAUAUUGCGUUUCAGUACCUGAAGGGGGCCUAUAGGAGAGCUGGAGAGGGGCUAUUCGUAAAGGCUUGUGGGGCUGGACCAGGGGGAAUGGGUAUAAACUGCAGAGGGGCAGAUUUACACUGGACAUUAGGAAGAAUUUCUUCACCAUGAGAGUGGUGAGACACUGGAACAGGUUGCCAAAGGAGGUUGUGGGCCGCCUGCUUUAGUGGGAUGUCCCUGCCCAUGGCAGGGGGGUUGGAACUGGAUGAUCUUUAAGGUCCCUUCCAACCCAAACUAUUAUAUGAUGCUAUGAUUUGGAGUGGCAAUUUGGCAGAUUUCAAAGAUCACUGCUGGUCGUUGCUUCCUGAAAUAAAACUCCUCGGGGUCCAGUCGCGUGGUGCCUGCUUUGCCAUGGAAUGAGCAUGUGACCUUGGGGAAAAUCAAUUUAUAUCUGUCCUGGUUUCACACCCGCCUAUCCCAGACACGGGCUUGCCUUUCCUAAGUGCUUUGAAACUGACAGAAAGAAAUUACUCUUAUUUUACAAGAAACUUGAAAGCUUACACAAGCUUAAUUCAUCUUGUUCACUGUAUUCCUGUACCUCUCAGCUCCGUUUUCCAUCCAGUGCUAAGUAGCAGUGGCUGAGAAUGUGUCUGCCUGGGAAGUGGUGAGUAGGGCAGUUCUGGCAUGUAUCUGACCUACAUUUAGAUCCAACUUACCACAUUACCCCUGAUCGCACCAAAGUUUGUUCUUCUUCCAAAGGAGCCAAUGCCUCUGACCCAGGCCCAUUUGGAGACUUUUUGUGUGAUUCUCCAUAUCAACUUAUUUUGUCAGCGUUUGCAUUCAUGAAGGAUUCAAAACAGGAGGUUUCAUUCAUGAUUUGGACGGGAGAUAGCCCUCCUCACGUUCCUGUAAAAGAACUCUCCACAAAAUUAGUCAUUAACAUCAUUGGCAAUAUGAGUACUACAAUUCGUCAUUUCUUUCCAGAUCUUCAGGUUUUCCCGGCCUUGGGCAAUCAUGACUACUGGCCACAGGAUCAGCUUCCAGUAACUACCAGUGAAGUUUACAAUGCUGUAGCAGAUUUCUGGCAACCUUGGCUAACUGAUGAAGCAAUCAAUACUUUCAGAAAAGGUGGCUUCUACACACAGCUGUUCAAAUCCAGGGAUAACUCUCAACCACUCAGGAUAAUCAGUCUGAAUACAAAUUUAUAUUAUGGCCCCAAUAGCGUAACUGUGAAUAUGACAGAUCCAGCCAAUCAGUUUGCUUGGCUGGAAGGAAUAUUAGAAACCUCUUCAGAAAAGAAGGAAAAGGUAUAUAUAAUAGGACAUGUACCAAUAGGAUACUUGCCAUAUGCAAGGAAUACUACAGCUAUCAGGCAGUUUUACAAUGAGAGACUGGUAAAAAUUUUUCGCAAAUACAGUAGUGUUAUUGCCGGGCAGUUUUUUGGACAUACGCAUAGAGAUAGUAUCAUGGUCCUCCUGGAUGAAGAAGAAAAGCCAGUAAAUUCCUUGUUUGUGGCACCUGCUGUAACCCCAGUGAAGAAUGUAUGGCAAAUGGAGUCCAAUAACCCUGGUGUCAGAUUGUAUCAAUAUGAUCUUCUUGAUUAUAGCUUGCUGGAUCUUUGGCAGUUUUACUUGGACCUCAGAGAUGCCAACAAGAAAAAUGAAUCAAACUGGAAGUUAGAAUACAUCCUGACUAAAGCGUAUGGCAUCGAAGACUUGAAGCCAGAAAGCCUGUAUGAAAUGGCCAAGCAGUUGUCUGUGCCACACAGCACAUUGUUUGAGCAGUAUUACAGUAACUUCAUUGUGAGUUAUGACAAAACCAUUGUCUGUGAAGAGGGGUGCAAGAUCUGCCAAAUAUGUGCAAUCCAAUAUUUGGAUUACUCCUCAUACACGGAUUGUAUCAAUCGGGAAGCGAUGUGGAGAUGAAGUCUCCAUGCAGUUUAUGCUGAUAUUGACUUUAGCCUGUGAUUUAAACAACCUGCUCAUCCUUUUGCUGAAGCGCUGUCAUGCUGACAGGGAGCCUGUGGGACUUCUGUGAAUUUCAAGGGAGCAAUAAAUCUCCCUAUAGUUUUCUUCUUGAAAAACUGUUUUCCUUUCACAUCUAAAUAAAAGUUUAUUGGCUAUGCAGUGAUGG